AUGAUUGGGGUCCUGCUCGUGCUCCUCCUCCUCCCCUUUCUCCUGUACAUCGCUGCACCCCAAAUCAGGAAAAUGCUGUCCAGCGGGGUGUGUACAUCAACCAUCCAGCUUCCUGGGAAGGUCGCUGUGGUCACUGGAGCCAACACAGGCAUCGGGAAGGAGACAGCCAAAGAGCUAGCUCAAAGAGGAGCCCGUGUAUAUUUAGCUUGCCGGGAUGUACAAAAGGGGGAGUUGGUGGCCAGAGAGAUCCAGAUCAUGACAGGGAACCAACAGGUGUUGGUGCGGAAACUGGACUUGGCUGAUACUAAAUCUAUUCAAGCCUUUGCUAAGGGCUUCUUAGCAGAGGAAAAGCAUCUCCACAUUUUGAUCAACAACGCAGGAGUGAUGAUGUGUCCCUACUCCAAGACAGCUGACGGCUUUGAGAUGCACAUGGGAGUCAACCACUUAGGUCACUUCCUCCUGACCCACCUGUUGCUAGAGAAGUUGAAGGAAUCAGCCCCAUCAAGGGUAGUGAAUGUGUCUUCCUUAGCACAUCACCUGGGAAGGAUCCACUUCCAUAACCUGCAGGGUGAGAAGUUCUACCAUGCAGGUCUGGCCUACUGUCACAGCAAGUUAGCCAACAUUCUCUUUACCCAGGAACUGGCCCGGAGGCUAAAAGGCUCUGGCAUUACAACGUACUCUGUACACCCUGGCACAGUCGACUCUGAAUUGGUUCGGCAUUCAUCCCUCAUGAGAAGGAUUUGGUGGCUUUUCUCCUUCUUCAUCAAGACCCCUCAGCAGGGAGCCCAGACCAGCCUGUACUGUGCCUUAACAGAAGGUCUUGAAGUUCUAAGUGGAAACCAUUUCAGUGACUGCCAUGUGGCACGGGUCUCUGCGCAGGCUCGUAAUGAGACAGUAGCAAGGCGGCUGUGGGAUGUCAGCUGUGACCUGCUGGGCAUCCCUGUGGAUUGACAGGUGAUGGCAGUUGGACCCAAGAGAAGCCUGCAGUAGACUACUAAGUACUCCCUGCCAAAAUGAUUCUCCUUCAGGAUGGCCAAAACCUUGAGCACAAAGAAAGCAAACCUUCCAGCCUUGCCUGCUUGAUGUCUGAUAACAGCCCAGUGUACACUGCCAGAUUCAUCUAAACGCCUUGCAUUUGUCCAGAUUUAUUUUGCUCCUGUUACUGCCAGAGUUACUAGAGAUAAUAUAGGAGAAGUAGACCUUCAUAUGACCUCCAAGCUCAUAUUUUCCUUCUGAAGCCUACUACCUAGGAGAACCUAAGCUAUGGCAGGGGUUAAUUUCUGGCACUUUGGAUUAGUUUCUAUCCUCUUUGUCCACGGUGUACUUCCUCCCAACCAAACAACCUUCAAGCGGGGCCAUCCUUUAGUCUUAGCUAAACUCCAGGAGUCACAGUGGCUUGGCUCAAGAGCAGGGCUUGUCC